AUGCUUCCAUAUGUUCCCAUCGCAUGGUAUGACAGUACAAGGUUUCCAUCCUUCGGGAGAUGUGCGCUCGUCGACCAGGAGGUAUGCAGUCUGACAGAUGAGCUGCUCGAUGAAAGCUUGCAGAGCAUCAUCUUCAAUACUGCCACCGCAGCACGCCAAGCAGGGUUCCAAGUGCAGGUAAACCGCUUUGACCUCUUCCAUGGGCAUUUCGUGAAGCGGCGCGAUGGUGAAGUUGCCUUGCUGCUGCAUGCUUCAGAGUAUCCAGCCAGGAGCACCUCGUUUCCGAUUGAUUUGGGCUUCUGCCAGACGGACUCGUCCCUGGAGUACGACCCCGCGAUGAUGCAGUUCCGGAACUUGUUGGUUCUGUUUUCUGGCCAGCCUCGCGCCUUCGUUCUGGAUGCAGAAGCCGAUUGCAUCAAGGCUCUGAUCCCUGAGUAUGCGCGGCAGCCCCUCUAUGUCCUCUACGAGGACACCUUCGGCGAGCCGCUGGCUGAUGUUUACUUUCUACCCGGGUAUCCUCUGGGUUGGACGCUCCGCAGACCAAAACGGGCUCUGCGUGGGCUGCGGGCAAAGCUCUGA